CACGCGCAAUUUAUGUAUAUGUACAUACCAUACAUGUAUAUAUAUAGUUAAUAUGUAACACAUAUAUAGAUGGUCCACUUUAUACGUCCCCAUGUGCUUUAUUGACCGAUGACGAAUAAGUUGAUUUUUUGAUUAUAAAUUAUUUCGUUAAUUUUGAACAAAUAUUAAGAAACAAUGGUCGCUGAACAAAGAAAACGGGUCGAGGACCUUAUGACAAAAAUGAUUGAAGAAAUGGAUAAAUCAUUUUUAAGAAAAAUGCAGGCUAAUAUGCAUAGGUGUGCAGCUACAUGUUGUGAUAAUGAAAGUUAUAGCAUAAUGCAAGUACAAAACUGCGUUGAAAAUUGUAGUUCUUCGUUAAACGAAGCACAAAAUUAUGUUCAAAAUGAAUUCGUAAGAGUACAGAAUCGAUUACAAAGAUGUGUGAUGGACUGCAAUGAUACAAUAAAAGAUAAAAUGAAUAAUAAUUUAACACAAAAUGAAGUAGAUAGGUAUAGUGAUGAAUUUGACAAAUGUGCAACGAAAUGCGUUGAUACUUAUUGUGACUUACUGCCUUCAUUGCAAAAAUCAAUGAAAAAUGUACUUUCAAGUAAAGUUUGAAAAUAGUACAAGAAUAUAAUAAAUAAAUUAUU